CCAAGAAAACAUCUGUUAUUCUUAGAGUGUGUGCCACUUUUACCGUAGAAGAAGAAGAAGCAGUAUAGACUGGACACCGAACAUGGGGACACGACGUUACCGGUUACUAGUGGCAGCGGUUACCCUGCAAGCCGUAGCCGCACUCGUCUACUAUAAUACUGGAGUAUCGAUCCAUCCUCAAUUUCCGAGCAGCGUCCAACACAAGCGACACGGAUCAAGCAACGUGCAAAGCAAUAUGGUCAUUGUGCUGAGGGUCUGCGACAGCCUACAGACGGUAAACCAGACUAUUACCCUGAUGAAGUCACUGGUUGCCUACACGAGGUUACAGUUGCGAUUUGUGAUUUUCGUAUAUGACCCGUUGAGGGCUCCGUUGAAAAAUGAGCUCCUCUCGUGGCCGAUCAUAUACAGAGGACGGACCAGUGUUCAGCUACGAAAAGGCGAGAUCCCCGAAGGCCUUAACACGCUUCGGACGAGAGUGCGUUCCCCAUGCUCCUUGCAGCUUCCACUGCUCCCGAAAGUUCUUUGGGGCACCGACGCCGUUCUUUCCAUCGACAGCGACACUGUCUUCCUCAGCCCAGUGGAGCGCCUGUGGGACUACUUUAAACAUACUGAUACUGUAGCUGGCACGCUACAAAGGAAGAUCGGCAGCAGCAACGCUGGUCCUUUAGAAAUCGGCACUGAGCUACUACUGAUGAACCUAACGCGCAUGCGCGCACGCCACUGGGUGCCAUUCCUCGAUGCCGCAAUUGCCCAGCGCAAAGGCGUGGACAUCGACAUCAAGAGCCUCUUCACCCAGAUAGCCAAGCACGGAAUGCGACGCUUUCUUUCCUUGCCGAAGCAAUGGACCUACGGAGCAAAUAGUUGCCAGUCCUCCGAGACCUCACCAAGCGAGCGGCCGCCGGCACUGGUACGAGGGUUUCAAGACGUAUACUCGAUGACCUCUGAAAUAAGCGUCGUCUAUCAUCUGAUGGAAAAGAUUCAAUUGGGGGAGAGUAUAACAGAGAGUGUCAUGAAACCUUUGAUGAAAACCAUUGUUAACUCGACCUCGACAACAUGCUCGGAAAAAUUACGGGCGUUCUUGCCGACCUGGACACAAGUAGCUGAACGCGCGGAUGCCGUUCCAGACAUACGACAUAGCAAGUUCUUUCGAUUCAGUCGAACACGUACUGACGGCAAUCAAUGAUAAUGGCCAAACCAAAUAAAAUAUUGUUACUUCUGU